GUCCCCGGAAUCCAUGGCUUCGGCCCUGAGGGACCUCCAGCUGACCGCUGUCUCCGGCGGUCUCCGGAGACCCACGGAGCCCAUUACGGCGAGGGAUGGCGCCGACGAUCUCGAGGACGUCCGCCUUCUUGACUCCUUCGACGACGAGCACCGUGGCGAUGACGCCGAUAAGCUGAAGACGAUUCAGGUGAAGGUCACUGGCAUGACAUGCUCUGCUUGUUCUAAUUCCGUUGAGUCAGCGAUCGCCGGUGUUCAUGGUGUCCAUGCCGCCACCGUCUCUCUUCUCCAGAACAAGGCUCAUGUUGUCUUUGAUCCCCUGCUCGUCAAGGCCGAAGAUGUUAAAAAUGCCAUUGAAGAUGCAGGGUUUGAAGCAGAGAUACUUCCAGAUUCCAAUAAAACACCCUCAAAAUCACAGAAGACUUUGUUUGGACAAUUUAGGAUUGGGGGUAUGACUUGUGCGGCAUGUGUAAACUCUGUUGAAGGCAUCUUGAGGAAACUGCCUGGUGUGAAAGGAGCUGUUGUUGCCCUGGCAACUUCAUUAGGAGAAGUCGAGUAUGACCCGUCAGUCACUAAUAAAGAUGAAAUAGUUAACGCAAUUGAAGAUGCUGGCUUUGAGGCUACAUUUUUAGAAAGCAGUGAACAGAAUAAAGUUUUGUUAGGUAUUGAAGGAUUAAUCAAUGACAAAGAUUUAGGUGUUUUACGAGAUAUACUUAAAAACAUCAAGGGUUUGAAGCAGUUUGAGUUGAGAGGUAUCCUAUCAGAAGUGGAAGUCAUCUUUGACCUUGAAGCAACCAGCUUGAGAUUUAUAGUUGAUGCCAUUCAAAGAGAAAGUGAUGGGAAACUCAAAGCAAAUGUCAGGAACCCUUGCACUUGUGCAUCUCCAAAUGAUGUCGAAGCUGCCAAAAUGUUUAGGCUUUUCAUUACAAGUCUACUUUUAAGUAUUCCCGUCUUCCUUACACGGUUGCCUUUCCUAAAUUGGUUCACUCUGAGGAGAUUGGGUCCAUUUCUUAUGAAUGAUCUUUUGAAGUGCUUAUUGGUGAGUAUUGUCCAAUUUGGUGUUGGUGGACGAUUCUAUGUAGCAGCUUAUAGAGCAUUGCGCAAUGGAUCGACGAACAUGGAUGUCUUGGUUGCACUGGGAACCUCCGCUUCGUACUUUUACUCUGUUUGUGCUCUGCUGUAUGGUGCACUUACCGGAUUCUGGUCUCCCUUAUAUUUUGAGACAAGUUUAAUGUUAAUUACUUUUGUGCUGUUGGGAAAGUAUUUAGAAGUUCUUGUGAAAGGGAAGACUUCAGAUGCAAUUAAGAAGCUAGUUGAGCUUGCCCCUGCAACAGCCCUUUUGUUGGUGAAAGAUGCUGAGGGAAAAGAUUCAGUGGAAAGAGAGAUAGAUGCAAUGCUGAUUCAGCCAAGUGAUAUAUUGAAGGUUCUUCCUGGUGCCAAGAUUCCAUCUGAUGGCAUUGUUGUUUGGGGAGCAAGUUAUGCUGAUGAAAGUAUGGUUACUGGUGAAUCUGUACCAGUCCCAAAGGGACUCUCUUCUUCGGUUAUUGGAGGUACAAUGAAUUUACAUGGUGUGCUGCAUAUCCAAGCCACCAAAGUGGGUUCUAAUACUGUUUUGAGCCAGAUAAUCUCUCUGGUUGAGAUGGCACAAAUGUCAAAAGCUCCAAUCCAGAAAUAUGCAGAUUAUAUUGCAAGCAUUUUUGUGCCCACAGUUGUUGUCUUCUCAUUGCUGACAUUCCUGGGAUGGUUUCUGUAUGGUUCAUUAGGGGCAUAUCCUAAGACAUGGUUCUCUGACAACGGUAACUAUUUUGUUUUCGCCCUCAUGUUCUCUAUAUCAGUUGUAGUUAUCGCAUGCCCUUGUGCCCUUGGCCUGGCCACACCAACUGCUAUCAUGGUGGCAACUGGUGUCGGUGCUAAUCAUGGAGUUCUGAUAAAAGGCGGAGAUGCUCUGGAGAGAGCUCAAAGUAUUCGCUAUGUUCUCUUUGAUAAAACAGGCACUCUCACUCAGGGAAAAGCUUCUGUCACUACUGCUAAAGUUUUUCAGGGAAUGGAUCUUGGAGAUUUUCUCACUCUAGUUGCUUCAGCAGAGGCUAGCAGUGAACAUCCUGUCGCAAAAGCAAUUGUAGAUCAUGCAUACCACUAUCAUUUCUUCGACAAACAAUGUACUGCCAAAGGCACUGAAAAGCAAACCAAGGAGGAUAAAUUUUCUGGUUGGCUUCUUGAAGUCACAGACUUCUCUGCCAUUCCUGGAAGGGGUGUACAUUGCUUGAUAAAUCAGAAACGAGUUCUGGUUGGCAACAGGAAUCUACUGAUGGAAAACAAGGUCAGCAUUCCAAAUGAAGCUGAAAGCUUCCUGGUUGGCUUGGAAUUAAAUGCUAAAACAGGGAUUCUUGUGGCAUAUGAUGGCAUAUUCAUUGGAGUCAUUGCAGUGGCUGAUCCUUUAAAGAGGGAAGCCUCAGUAGUUAUAGAAGGCUUGAAGAAGAUGGGAGUUCAUCCAGUCAUGGUGACUGGAGACAAUUGGAGAACAGCACAAGCUGUAGCCAAGGAGGUUGGGAUUGAAGAUGUGAGAGCAGAGGUGAUGCCAGCAGGGAAAGCAGAAGUGAUAAGAUCACUCCAAAAGGAUGGGAGUACUGUAGGGAUGGUUGGAGAUGGGAUCAAUGAUUCUCCUGCUCUUGCUGCAGCUGAUGUUGGAAUGGCAAUUGGUGCAGGAACAGACAUUGCCAUUGAAGCAGCAGACUAUGUUUUGAUGAGAAACAGUCUUGAAGAUGUUAUCACUGCCAUUGAUCUCUCCAGGAAGACGUUUUCUCGGAUACGAUGGAACUAUUUCUUCGCAAUGGCUUAUAAUCUCAUCGCCAUUCCGGUGGCUGCCGGAGUUCUCUUCCCCUUCACUGGGCUGAAGUUGCCUCCUUGGUUGGCUGGUGCUUGCAUGGCUUUGUCUUCUGUCAGUGUUGUUUGUUCUUCUCUGCUUCUUAGAAGGUAUAGAAAACCCAGACUCACUACUAUACUUGAAAUAACUGUAGAAUAGUUAGUUACCCAGUGAGUCUCUGUGUCUUGAUGUUUGUUGUUAUAAUUGUGUUUUUCCUCUCUUUCUCUCUAAGGAGAAGAAAAUGAAAUCAAUGUUAUUACAGUGAUA